CAGAGAUUCGCCACAGUCGAGCUUUGACGAUGACUUCGAUGACGCGUGAGACUCGGAUGCUGCUGCUGCUGCUGGUGGCCCAGCUGCUGUUGGUGUUCGGCCCCCAGGGCGGCCGGGCAGAGGAGCCCAUAUAUCGGCUGUGCGUGCCGAGGAUCUAUCUGAAGGAGUGCCAGCAGCUGCUGGCCGAUCCCUCGGAGGCGGGCAUCCGCAUGGAGUGCGUGUCCGGGCGGGAUCGGGUGGACUGCCUGGAGCAGAUCGAGCAGCGGAAAGCGGAUGUGCUGGCCACGGAGCCGGAGGACAUGUAUAUCGCCUACCACCGCAAGAACGAGGACUAUCGCGUGAUCUCCGAGAUCCGCACGCAGCAGGACAAGGACGCUGAGUUCCGGUACGAGGGCGUCAUCCUGGUGAAGAAGACAUCGCCCAUCACGACCCUCCAGCAGCUGCGCGGCGCCAAGUCCUGCCACACGGGCUUCGGCCGCAAUGUCGGCUACAAGAUCCCCAUCACGAAGCUGAAGAACACCCAUGUGCUGAAGGUGUCCGCCGAUCCGCAGAUCUCCGCCACCGAGCGGGAGCUCAAGUCCCUCUCCGAGUUCUUCUCGCAGUCCUGCCUCGUGGGCAACUACUCCGCCCACCCGGAGACGGACCGCCUACUCAAGAAGAAGUACCCGAACCUGUGCGCCCUGUGCGAGAAGCCAGCCCAGUGCAACUAUCCGGACAAGUUUAGCGGCUACGACGGCGCCAUCCGCUGCCUGGACAAGGGCCAGGGCGAGGUGGCAUUCACCAAGGUGCAGUACAUCAAGAAGUACUUCGGCUUGCCGGGCGCAGCGCCCGACUCGCCGCCCGCUGAGGGCAAUGCCGAGGAGUUCGAGUACCUGUGCGAGGACGGCACCCGCCGAUCUGUCACAGGACCCGCCUGCUCCUGGGCCCAGCGCCCCUGGAGCGGCUACAUCUCCAACGAGCACGCUGUCCACAGCACCGACCAGCUGCACCAGCUGCAGACCCGCCUGGAGCGCUUCUUCGCCAACGGGCUGCACGCGCAGAACAAGGAGGCCGCCGCCCACCUGCUCAUCCAGCCGAAUGCCGUGUACCACAGCAAGCCAGCGGCCAUCGAUCCGAAGGUCUACCUGGAGCGGGCCGGCUACAAGGAUGUGAUCGAGCGGGACGGCAGUGCCAUCCGCAAGAUCCGACUGUGCGUCCAGCAGGAGGCCGAGUUUUCCAAGUGCGAGGCGCUCCACAGGGCAGCCUAUGCGCGCGAUGCCCGCCCCGAGCUGGAGUGUGUCCAGGCAACGGACUGCGUCGACGCGCUGGGCAAGGACCAGGCUGAUCUGGUGAUCCUGCCCGCCUCCGGCUAUGCCGAUGCCCGCCAGCACAAGCUGCAGCCGCUCGUCUACGAGCAGCUCGCCGACGACGAUAUCCUGGUGGCCGUGGCCCCGCCCACCCUGAACCGAGAGGCACUCCAGAAGGCAGCCAUAAACUACGAUGCGGAGAACGAGCGGUCCCGCCUUGCGGCCGCCUUCCUCAACAAGCGACGCGGCCAGGACGGCUGCCGCAUCGCGCCCAGCGCCGCGCAGGACCUGCUCAUCGUUCCCGCCUCGAAGCUGGAGGAGCACAAGGACUGGCAGCUGGUCUGCCCCGGACUGACGCGCAGCCCCGUUACCGACUACCGCUCGUGCAACGUGGAGGUGCAGCUGCCACGCGCCGUCUUCGUGCACUCCGACAGCACCGCCGUGGAGCAGGAGACAGUCAAGCAUCUGUUCGCCCUGAUCUCGGACAAGUUCGGGGCCAGAGGCAAGCUGGUUGACGUCUUCGCCUUGUUCGGCGAGUUCCAGGCGGGCCACAAGAACGUUCUCUUCGAUGACAAUGCCGUCGAACUGGCCACGCAGCUGAAGAACGACAUUCAGGACGAGCAGAUCUACAGUGAGCUGCAGUGCGAGGGCAACAAGAUCAUCAAGCAGUGAUCUCCAUUCAGCUGGAGUGCUGCUCAUCUCCAAUCUCCCCUAAGCAUAAAUAAAAUCCUUUUUUUUUUCUAUUUUGAA